UCGUUUCUCAAUCCUCUACACAACUCUUAGCUUCCAGAGGCAACUGGGUUUGUGAAUUUGUUUUUGGGUGAACUGGGUUUUGUGAAUUUGUUUUUGGGUGAAUUGGGUUAGUGAUUUGAUCAAAGUAAUCCUUUCCAAUACUCCAUCUCUGUUUCUUGUUCGAUCUCUCUCUUUCUUGAAGAUGGAAGAUGUUGGGAAUGAUCAGAAGAGAUAUGCUCUACUGAUGGCUGCAAGUGACUCAGAUUAUGUGAAGAAAGUGUAUGGUGGAUACUUUAAUGUGUUUAAGAACGCAUUUGCAGAUGAAGGGGAAACAUGGGAGAUGUUCAGUGUUGUGGAUGGAGUGUUCCCUGACAUGGAUGAGCUUCAUCAGUAUCAUGGUUUUGUAAUCAGUGGUAGCCCUUAUGAUGCUUAUGGGAAUGACCCAUGGGUCUUGAAGCUUUGCUCUAUGCUUCAGAAACUAGACUCUAUGGGGAAGAAGGUCCUUGGAGUAUGCUUUGGCCAUCAGGUAUUGUGCAGAGCAUUGGGUGGGAAGGUUGAGAGAGCUUGUGGUGGAUGGGAUCUUGGGUUGAGAAAAGUGAGCAUGGUGGAAGACUUACCCCCUUGUGGCUUCUUUGAUGGUUUAAAGGAAAUUCGAUCCUCCCUCACCAUCAUUGAGUGUCAUCAGGAUGAGGUGAGGGAGGUCCCCAUGGGUGCCAAGGUCAUUGCCUUCUCAGACCAAACAGGAGUGGAGAUGUUUCAUUCUAUCCACCCUCACCAUAUUUUAGGGAUUCAAGGCCACCCUGAAUACACAAAAGACAUCUUAUGUAAUAUCAUUGAUCGUCUUGAUAACACUAACUCCAUAAAGAAGAAGUUUGCUGAGCUUGUGAAAUCAAGAUUGGAGAUUGCCGAGCCAGAUCGGAAGUUUUGGUUGAAGAUUUGCAAGAACUUUCUCAAGUCUCCCAUGAAUUAGAUUACAGAAUCCAUCUCUUAAAC